AAUGGAGCCAGUAAAGCAGCCAGAUAUAUCAGGAUCGGCCUAGUAAUCAAGGGAAUAAGCUCUUUUGUAACCAGGGGUAAUAAGCUAGUGGGUAUGAUGAAUUGCACAGGUUUAUGCAUAACUCAGAUCAUGUGUAUUUCAGUUAUCCUGCAAAUUCAUGUGCCACAGUAAAAUUGGUACCCACAUAAUGACAUUUUUUUGUUAUCAUUUCUGAACUAUUCCAGUAGUCCGAUUUGAUAUCUGCUAAUUUUUUGUACUAGAUUGGUAGCUCUCUAUAUAGUUGAUUUUGUAUUGACAGUGUGCAAGUAUGAUCUGACUUGGCUGAUUCUGCACCAAUAUUGUUUAAUUAAGCAGGAUGGCUUUUUUAGUUAGUCUGUAAUAUUGCAUCAAUCUGGUAUUGGGUGACGAAUAAGUCUUUUUUAUGCCUUCGUGCCUAUAUUACAGCAAGUGGAUAAGAUCAGGGUGAACUGGAGGACCUGUUACAACUUUCAACACACUCAUAACAAGAAUCUGAGCUCCUGUAGAGUUGAUAUGCUAAGGCUAUCAAAGUAUCAAGAUCGAGGCCAGCUGGACGGCUCCUCACUUGUACUCCAUUUUGAAUAACAGCAAUGCAUGCAUCUCUUUGUAAACAAGCCUACUGACAAACAGUAGAGCACAUUUAAUUCGUGGGUGAUAGGCUUCAUCCUAAACAGUACCAGCGUCAUUCAGUCGCCCCUCAUCCUCGGCAGAUCUUGCCGCUCCUUGGUCGUUUUGUUCCUCACCAAUCGCUCCCGUUGAUCAUCUGCAUCUUACCUAUCAUGUAAGCCACCAUUUACUUGUUAUUUUUCUGAGCUUUUGGUUGCACAUUUAGGUGAUGAUACUUGUGGAGGGUAGAUGAAUUUACUGACCAUGGGAAACCAGCUUCAGAUCCAGUUUUUUUCUCAUAUGUAUCUGAUCUAUCAGAGCAAGAAAUGGUUGGAGGCGGAGUAUUGCUGCACCUGUGGAACGAAUGGGCAGUCCAGAUACUGGUCCUCUUCAGCUUCACGUCGCAAGCGUUCCUCUUUGCCGUCGCCGGCAACGGUCGGCGCAAUGGCUCUACCAAGCUGAAGGUCCUGCUGUGGCUAGCGUACCUGCUAGCCGACUCCACUGCAACCUACACCCUCGGCCACCUGUCCAUCGCCAGCGCCCCACACGUGCACCAGCUGGUGGCAUUCUGGGCGCCCUUCCUCCUGCUGCACCUCGGUGGCCAGGACACCAUUACCGCCUAUGCCCUCGAGGACAACCGGCUCUGGCUACGGCACCUGCAGACCCUUGUGGUUCAGGUCCUAGGAGCUGCUUAUGUCCUCUACAUGCACUUAUCUGGCAGCGGGGCAUUGGUCGCUGCCGCCAUACUGAUGUUCGCCGUUGGAGCUCUCAAGUAUGGGGAGAGGAUAUGGGCGCUCAAGUGUGCUGACAACGAUGGCUUGAACAGCUACUUGAAAAAAUACUGCGACGACAGGAAGUUUCCGCCACGCAUCGGAAGAGGAGUCAGGACCUCUAAACUUUCAUUUGAUGAUGCCAAGGACGACCUGGAGAGCUUUGGCACGGAGGAGGAGAUGGCCCUUCACGGAGCUCACACGCUGCUCGGUCUAUGUGUGCGUGCAUUCAUCAACCACCCGCAGAGUGCAACAGACUACAUCUGUGGAUCCGUAUUCUAUUUCGUUCGUCACAGCAAGGAUAACAUUUUGUUGCCUCGGGAGGAGCACAUGCCAGAUCAAGUGCUGCCUCGGUGAAAGUUGCCAAUGACCACCCUUUGUGUGGCAUUGUAACUGGAGCCAGGAACAGGAGACAAAACAAGAAAUAUCUAUGAUAGGAGCAACUUUGAAUUGUAGAGGUGUUGGUAAGAAAGGUAUGAGUGUUUUCCUGUCAGAUUUGUUGAGAGAGCAAGAGAUUGAUUUUGUGGGGCUUCAGGAAACAAUCAAGAAAGAUUACUCAACUAGUUUCUUCAGGAAAAUUGAUCCAUACAGUCUGUUUGAUUGGAGGUGGUUACCAUCUGUUGGUAGAAGUGGUGGGAUUUUGGGUGGCUUUAGGCUAUCCAGGUUUGAUAUCUGUGAAACUAGUUUGGGUAGGUUCCAUAUCAAGGUUAAACUGUUGGAUUUGAAGUUACAGGUGAAAUGGAAUCUAGUAAUUGUUUAUGGAGCAGCACAGUUGGAGGACAAGGAGGAUUUCCUAGCUGAACUGGGUAAUGUCUGUAGUGACCAAAGCCUUCCUCUCCUAGUAGGUGGUGACUUUAAUAUAAUCAGAUUUUCUUCUGAAAAAAAAUAAGAUCUUGAGGAAAAAUAGAUGGACUGAUAUUUUCAACUCCAUCAUCAACAUCCA